ACACGUUGCGUUGCCAAAACUCCAACCCAAUCGACGCCACGACUUUAUCCGUUUUGUGUUUUUCUAUUUUGAACUUUUGCGAGUAAGCUCCCCCUAACUGCCUCCACCCAAUCGCUGAACCACCGCUGCGGCUUCGACUUCGUCUUCUUCUGGCCACUGGACCUAAGCAGUGCAUGAGCUGCCCUGCUCUUCAACCAUUUCACUCGCAAUUCCCAUUCCAAAACCCUAAAAUCCCCGCUUUUGUCAGAAUGAGUGACCGGACGCCGUCCUCAUACGGCGCUGUAUAUGUCCCUCCUCACCAACGGCUCCGCUCUGUCAUCGUUGCACCAUCCGCCCCUGCAUCUUCCCAGCCCGUCGCCCACUUCAACUCCACCCCCACGAAGCCGAGUGUGAGCAAUAAAACCCCGUUGCUAAAAUCUAAGUCUCAUAAUCCGUACCCUUACUUGCCAUCUCACCAGCAGCUCCAUCAGCAACAACUGCAGUGUGUUGCGCAGACGCAGAAGAUCUUUUCCCCCAGUGAGUUAGAGGUUCCUGUCGUCCAUGGUUCAUCCAUCUCUGGCAGAGUUGAUGCAUGGAAAUGGAAGUUGAACACUCUCUUACAAGAUGAAGAUAGUCAAGAGAUAGUCUCAAGGGAGAAAAAGGAUAGGCGUGAUUUUGAACAGAUAUCAGCUUUAGCCAGUGGAAUGGGGUUGUAUAGCCAUAUGUAUGCAAAAGUACUGGUUGUUAGCAAGGUUCCAUUGCCAAACUACAGGUUUGAUUUGGAUGACAAGCGUCCUCAGAGAGAGGUAGUUCUGCCACCAGGGCUACAAAAAAGGAUAGAUGCUCACCGUGAAAAAUACCUUUCUUGUAAGCCUAAUACAACUGAAGUUUCAAGAUCAAGCAGUAAUUAUAGUUUUGCUAAUGAUGAGGCGCUUUUUGAACUGCCUGAACUACUUCCACAUAGUAAGGCUGUCUUGGAGAAUAUCCUUUGGCAAAGGAGUGUACAAAUGCACACUGAGCAGCAAAAUUGGCAGAAAUCUGCAGAAGGUAGGGCGAUGUUUGCAUUUCGUUGUGGGCUUCCUGCUUACAAGGAAAAGGAUGUGAUAUUAAGUGCCAUUACACAGAGUCAGGUGGUUAUUAUCUCAGGUGAAACUGGUUGUGGGAAGACCACACAGAUUCCUCAAUUCAUUUUAGAGUCUCAAAUUGAAUCGCUUUGUGGAGCCGCUUGCAAUAUUAUAUGUACCCAGCCAAGAAGAAUAUCUGCUAUGUCUGUAUCGGAACGGGUUGCAUCAGAGAGAGGGGAGAAAUUAGGCGAAACUGUGGGCUAUAAAGUUCGUCUUGAAGGUGUUAAGGGAAGGGACACACAUCUCCUUUUUUGUACCACUGGCAUCUUGUUGAGAAGAUUAUUAGUCGAUAGAAACUUGAAGGGUGUUACCCAUGUUAUUGUGGAUGAGAUCCAUGAGCGUGGAAUGAAUGAAGAUUUUCUGCUCAUCGUUUUAAAAGAUUUACUCCCUCGUCGACCAGAACUAAGGUUGAUUUUGAUGAGUGCAACUUUAGAUGCAGAGCUUUUCUCAUCAUACUUUGGCGGUGCUCCCACAAUUCAUAUUCCGGGAUUCACACAUCCAGUUCAAUCUCAUUUUCUAGAAAGUAUCCUGGAGAUGACGGGAUAUAGAUUGACACUAUACAACCAAGUUGAUGAUUAUGGUCAAGAGAAAGCUUGGAAAAUGAAUAAACCGGCUCCAAAGAAGAGGAAAAGCAAACUUGUGUCAGCAGUUGAGGAUGCCCUUGAAGCUGCUGAUUUCAAGGAUUAUAGCACACACACAAGAGAGUCUUUGUCAUGUUGGAACCCUGAUUGUUUGGGCUUCAACCUCAUUGAGUAUCUGCUCUGCCAUAUCUGUGGAAAUGAAGGGCCUGGUGCUGUUUUAGUUUUUAUGACUGGUUGGGAUGACAUUAAUUCUCUCAAAGAAAAGCUUCUAUGUCAUCCUACUUUGGGAGAUGCAAGCCGCGUCUUAUUGUUGGCUUGUCAUGGUUCUAUGGCCAGUUCGGAGCAGAGGUUAAUAUUUGAUGAGCCUCAAGGUGGAGUUAGGAAGAUUGUGUUGGCUACUAACAUUGCUGAAACUAGUAUUACGAUCAACGACGUGGUUUUUGUUAUUGACUGCGGGAAGGCAAAAGAGACCUCAUAUGAUGCACUCAAUAAUACUCCAUGUUUACUGCCUUCAUGGAUAUCAAAGGUUUCAGCUCAACAAAGAAGGGGAAGAGCAGGACGCGUUCGGCCUGGAGUGUGUUAUCAUCUUUAUCCUAGAUGUGUAUAUGAUGCUCUUGCAGAUUAUCAACUCCCUGAAAUUCUGAGAACACCUUUACAGUCCCUCUGUUUGCAAAUCAAAAGUUUGAAACUUGGUAGCAUUCCCGAGUUUCUUUCCAGGGCCUUACAGUCUCCAGAAUUGUUAGCGGUUCAAAAUGCUAUUGAGUAUCUGAAGAUCAUUGGUGCUUUGGAUGAGAAUGAAGAUCUGACUGUUUUAGGACGCUACUUAACAAAACUUCCAAUGGAGCCCAAACUUGGAAAAAUGAUUAUACUUGGAGCUAUUCUCAAUUGUUUGGACCCAAUUUUAACUAUUGUGGCUGGCCUUAGUGUCCGGGACCCUUUCUUGGCACCACUAGACAAGAAAGAUCUAGCUGAAGCUGCAAAGGCUCAGUUUUCUCGUGAUCACAGUGACCACCUUGCUAUUGUCCGUGCAUAUGAAGGUUGGAGAGAUGCUGAAAAAGAUCAUGCGGGAUAUGAAUACUGCUGGAAGAAUUUUCUUUCUGCACAAUCGAUGAGGGUCAUUGAUUCUCUUCGAAAGGAGUUCUACUCUUUACUCAAGGAUACUGGUCUUGUUGAUAGCAAUCCUACCAUUUACAAUGCUUGGAGUUAUGAUCAGUCUCUUGUACGAGCAGUUGUUUGUUAUGGAUUAUAUCCUGGAAUCUGCUCCGUAGUGCACAAUGAGAAGUCAUUCUCAUUGAAAACAAUGGAAGAUGGUCAAGUGUUUUUGUACUCUAAUUCUGUUAAUGCACGGGAUACUAAGAUACCUUUCCCGUGGCUAGCUUUCAAUGAAAAAAUUAAAGUGAAUGCGGUUUUCCUUCGGGACUCUACAGCCAUCUCUGAUUCAGUACUAUUGCUAUUCGGUGGAAGCAUUUCAAAGGGAGAUUCAGAUGGCCACUUGAAAAUGCUGGGGGGAUACUUAGAGUUCUUUAUGAGCUCUUCAACAGCUGAGAUGUUCCAAAGUUUAAGGAGAGAGCUUGAUGAGCUUAUUCAGAUAAAACUCCUACAUCCCAAGAUGGGCGUACAUACAUAUCAUGAACUUCUGUCUUCAAUACGAUUGAUUCUGUCUGGGGAUCAAUGUAGUGGCAAGUUUGUUUUUAAUCGUCAGCAGAUGACUCAACAACCAUCCAACCCAUCAUCCACUGCCGCACCAUCACAAUCCUCAAAGUCAAGAACCGAAAGUGGUCCCGGGGGAGAUAAUCCUAAGAGUCAACUCCAGACUGUAUUAAUCCGAGCAGGCAUUGCGGCCCCUGUCUACGAGACAAAGCAACUCUCUAACACCCAGUAUCGAUCAACCGUGGAGUUCAAUGGGACCCAGAUAGUUGGACGACCGUGUAACAACAAGAAACAAGCAGAAAAAGAUGCAGCAGCCGAGGCUUUGGAGUGGUUGUUGGGCGAAAACCGUGCAACUAAUGGCUACGUUGACCAUGUUUCCAUGUUACUAAAAAAGAGCAAGAAAGACCACAAUUGAGAAGCUGCUUUAUAUGGGCUGCUGAGUGCUGACACUGGUAUUUCGGUAUAUACACAUGGUGCAGAUAUGAGCUGAAAAUAAAAUUGGAAAAAGGGUAAGUGGCCGUGGUCGCCCCGGGAAUUUCAUUAAGAACAUGAUCAUAUAAGGUCUGCAUUCGCGUGGAUAAAGAAGAAAGUGCAAGAGAUUCAGGGUGGAGGGGGCAGUGAGCCGCUAAUAUUUUUGAGGUUGGACUGAUAAGCUUAAUUAGUCUGUAUAUAGACUAUAGUUAGGGUGAUUUCAGAAAUUGGUUGCUGGCUCAUUUAAAAGUGCGUCUGAAAUUCCUUCAACGUCACUUGUGUUGCUUGCUACCGCACGUAGGGAUUUCAAGGGCUGACUUUGUAUUGAGGACCAUAUACUCAACAUCCCACCCUUAUUUAGUUGUCGGUUCUCAGGAUUUGUUUGACCCGUCAUGGCUGGGUCCUUGUGAUCUGCCCGGCACUCUCUCAAUAUUGAUAAUGUAUAUUAUACUACGUAUAUUAUUAUUGGAUUUUUUAAUGGUUAUAUAUUAGUAUUGUUGUCGUCCUUAUAA